AUGGCCGCCUCCACCCGGCCCUUUGCAACCGCAACUAAGCUCUCGAAGCAGCUCUCUCUGAAACCACCGCAACCUCGAGGCUCAGACGAUGAGACGAGCCCGCUGCUCGCACCACCUCGCAGGCAAUCAACCUCGGAGUUUCCCGGAGAUGCCGAUACGGAGGAGCAGGCCGACUCGGAUGGCCUCUACCCUCCACACUCAUGCUGGACAGAGGCCGAGGGGUGGAUGGAGGGUGCGAAAGAGCGCGCCGACCCUUUCAAGACGAGACAUUGUCGCGUCUAUGAGAACAUCCACCGCAUCCGACGCGACAUCAUUGACAGCAUCGACGACCCUUAUUCUCUCGAUCAGCUCAAGGCUCCACGUAUGAACAUAACUGUGGUCCGGCCGCUAGUUGACGAAUACUAUGACUCACAGGAUCUCUCCAUGAUCUAUUGCCUGCUGGUGAACCGAUCUCAGUUUAUACGGGAGCAUUCCUUCGCCGCCUACCACCAGACCGUCAACCUUACGAGGGCGCUUCUAUGCGAGAUUGUUGCCGAGAGGGUGCUCCGCCGCUUCAACGAUCAUUCUCCUGGUCCGCGAGGUCUGCUCAAGCUAGCUACCAUCCUAGUCGCCGGUUUUGACCCAUUCCAGAAUGCCCCAGAGGAACUCCUCAACGACGUCGACAGCGACCACAACAUCCAGUUCUUCAUGCGCGAUCGCGACUGGAAGAACUCAGGUGAAGGCAAACUCACUGCCCUGGAAGUGGCCAUCGUCUCGGAAUCCAAGAACUUCCUGGCCAGUGGUGCUUGCCAAAAGGUCGUGGAUGCGAUCUACAAAGGAUCCGUGGUUUAUUCGCCAACCAGCUUCAUCGACAUCCUUCCUGACCGAUGGAAAAGUCGUCCUGUGAGCUUGUAUGACCCGCGCAAAGCUCCAGUCCUCAAUCAGUACCGCUUGAUGGUUCCAAGGACACGGAAGGCGAUCGAGCUGGUCCAAUUUGUCAUCCUGCUUGCUUUGUUCUUGAGGGUGAUGCUGAAACGCCAGUCUCGAGAAGACAAUGACCAGACCUUUGGAGUAGACGAAAUUGUCUUUAUGGUGUACGGUGCUGGCUGGGUUCUCGACCAAAUCGCCUCCAUCUUCGAGCAUGGAUGGGAAGUAUACACCCAAAACCUGUGGUCAUUCCUCGACGUGCUCUUCUCUAUGAUCUUUGUGGCAUACCUUGGUAUACGACUCAAUGGUUUCCGCCUGGCCGACGAAGCCGCUGCAGGAGCGCAUGCUGCCACAGCCUUCGAUGUUCUUGGCUGUGGCGCACCUGUACUGAUCCCGCGGCUGGCAUUCAACGUCAUGUCCGAGAACAUGCUCUUUGUUGGAUUACGAGGCAUGAUGCGUGACUUUCUCACACUAAGCGCCCUCGCCAUCUGGUCAUUUGCUGGCUUUUUGUUGAGCAUCAAAUGGCUUCAUAACGAUCUGCACAAAAGCUGGGAUAUUGCCAAAUGGAUGGUGUGGAUCUGGUUCGGCCUUGAUGCCACCGGAAUCGAAGAGUCUGAAGACUUUCACUGGUUCCUGGGGCCCUUUCUCAUGAUCACCUUCACUUUUCUAGGCAACACCCUCUUUCUCACCAUCCUCAUCUCGAUGCUCUCCAAUACCUUCAGCCUGAUCGUCAAGAAUGCCGUUCAGGAAGUUCAGUAUCGCCGAGCCGUGGUCUGCUAUAUGGGUGUCAAAGCGGAUGCGAUAUUCAGCUACUGGCCCCCAUUCAAUAUUCUUGCUUUGGUCAUCUUGCUACCGAUGAAGCUACUUGUCACAUCACGCCAGUUUCACACUAUCAACGUCUUCUUCAUCCGCAUUUUGAAUGCUCCAUUACUACUUCUGGUCGCCUGGUACGAGCGCCGGACAAUGUGGACUACUUCCGAUAAACGGACUAGGCGUCCAACACGCAUUGAUUGGGGAAACCCGAAUGGGCCCCGAGCUCUGAGCAGCAGAAGCUGGCUUGAGAGCCUUAACACAGUCUGGGACUUCUGCCGCUUCAACGCUCAUGGUGACAUACAAGCAGUUUUCGACAUCACACCGCCGCAUAAAAGCCCUGAACAAGGCCGCAAUGGCGAUGCCAACUCCGGCAACCCCAGUGAGAGCGCUGCGCAGAAAAUCGCUAAUCAGUUCAAACGGCCUUCGUUGUCUGGGCGCAGAGUGUCUUCGAUAGGGCCCAAGUCUCGCAGCUCGGUCAGUAAGAACACCAAACCGGCUCAACCAAGCCGUCGCUCGUCUGAUAAGCUCAGGCAAGAAUUUCCCGACAGCGGCUCUGAUGGGUCUGAUGAGGAUGGGGCACCCCGCGGUCACAAGCGCCCCAAACGGAGCGGAAGAGUAGAUUCCAUCAUUGAUUAUAGCGACAGCAAUGGUGCAAUGCAAGAGGCGAAUGUGAGACUCAAUCAAAUGGAGGAAACGCUGCAGAGGCUAGAGAUGAUGAUGCACCAGAUGAUGGGUGGAGCCGAGGAUGGUGCUGUUGAUGAGGAUGCCGCGGGCGAGAGUGAGAGAACUGACAGCCAUGAUAGCCAGGAAGCUGAGAACGAGCUGAGGAAAGGGUACUCGCAGUAA